AUGACCAGCAUGGACAGCAUCAACGACACGUGGUUCGACGAGGCGAACGGCAUCGUCGCCGGCGUCGUAUCGUUCGUUUUCAACGCGGCACUGAUCAUUGCCACGUCACAAGUGAAAAUCUACUCGCAUUCGGUGAAACGGAUGCAAAUAUUCGGCUGUGUACUCCGUCUCCUCUUCUCCGUUUCCGUCAUUCUCUCGUCACCGGUGCGUCGUCGAUGACGCAGAAUAAACGCGAGCAAAUGCAAUUAUUACCUUUCAGACUCUGGCAUACAUCACCGAAGCCGAGGCGGUCUACAUCGUCAAGGGCGGUUUUCAACUGCCAAUUCAUUUUGGUUAGUUAUUAAAAAUGCAAAAAGAUUCUGUCAUCCGCAGGAUUCGAACCUGCGCCCUCCGGAGAGGACUGCGACCUGAACGCAGCGCCUUAGACCACUCGGCCAGAAUGACAUGUUUGAGAGAAGGAGCGGAGGGCGUAGAUAUCAAAGGCGGAAGGGGGGAGAGGAGAGCGGGUUGAAGAGGAAAAUGGGGUAAAAAUUUGCAAAAUUGGAUUGAAAAAAUUUUUCAGGAGAGGCAGUACUAAUCACCUUUGUCACUUUUGUCAUUUUUUCGUGUAUGGGACCGCCGAUGCAGUUUCUACAAGUCGUUUUUAUACUGAAAAAGUGAGUUUCAAGUUGAAUAUCGUCAAAUUCUCUUCAUCAAAGUUUAUUUUCUAACUGUUGUAGCUCGGGGCAAAAUCAUUCAAAAUUGUUCGUUACUUGCAAAUAUGUGGAAGUUGAAACUGUAAAGUAUAAACGUGUUAAUUGCAGAAGCAAACGGUCCCAGAAGGAGGUGGUGUUCCUGACGUCGGCCGCUUCGUUCGUAGUCUCGUUCACAGGGACCGUGCUGCUGGCGCUCGGCUACACUCCGGACGUGUCGGACGACAAACUCUCCACCGAGAUUGUGUACAAUCUGAACGGAAAGGGCACGACCGCCUACCUGAUCGCCUCGCUCGAACGAUACGAUUACUCGCUCGGCGACUGGGUGCCGGACCCCGUCUCCUGGGCAUGCACCCUCUACAUUCUCGCCGUGCUCGUCAUCUCGACAGUGAUAUCAGUCAUCUGCUGGCUCAUUAUCAAACGACAAAUACAGCACGGCGCGAUGAGUGCGAAUUCGGUGAAGGCGCAGCAGCAGUUGAACACUGUGCUCAUUGUGCAGGUACGCGCGGGAUUGUACCACCAUUACCAAGAGUAAGAUGUUUCUGAACUAUGCAGUGGAGUUAUUGAAACUGUAAUUCAAUCUAAUUUAGCUCUGACAUUCUUGAGCACUUUUCUUCGCUCUCUAUGUAGUUGACACGGAACCCCAGCAUUGCAAUGCGCAAGCGAGUUGUCAAUGGGGCGCGCUUGCAUCCACCGUCGACUCGGAGUUUCUUUUUUCAAUUGAAAACCAGAAUUUUUUCGUUUUUCUCUUAAUAAACACUCAAAUUUUGUUCUUUGCGAACCGUCGGGCGAUUGUGUGAGUUAAAAGCAUCGUUUGAAGCGCGAAACGAAGCAGAUUCGUUCAGAAUUGAUCAAAUUGAGGGAUUUUGUCGAAAACUACUGAAAAAAACGGAGUUUUAACGAUUAUUUGCCGAAUCGAGUUCGGACACUGCCAUUCGAACCGUCCAGUCAACGAGGAGUUUAUUGUGCAUCUUUUAAGCGCUCAACCGUCGAAAAAUAUACAGAAUUUAGAUAAUUGAGGCAAAUUUUCGAUUCCAAAAGGAAAAAAUUCUGUAAUUUUCACAUAAAACGUUUCGAAAUUGAUGACGAAGCAGUUAACAUUUCAUUUUUUAUUCAUUUCUAAUCAUUAUCAUAAGUUUUGACACUGAUUGGUUCUGAAAAGAUGGGGAUAAUGCAAAAAAAAGCGAAAAUUGAAAUGAGAAACUCUACAACGACGCUCCGGAAUUACGCACGCGUUACGCGCCUUGUUUAGCGCACGUGAAUUGCGCCAAGGGAAUUUUUUAUUGGAAGGGGCUGGGGUUCCGUGGUUGAUACUGUUUAGAAAUAACAGCUGAAUCUCGAGAUAUAUCUAAUUUCAGUUCACGCUCCCGUUCCUGACGAUCCACAUCCCGUUCUACGUCUCAUUCCUCAUGCCGCUCUUUCGUGUCGAGACCUCGCACCUCUCCAUCUACCUACCGUACCUCUUCUCGUGGUGUCCCGCACUGGGGCCCAUCGUCGUACUCAUCAUGGUUGAGGUUUGUUGAGAGAGAGAGAGAGAGAGAGAGAGAGAGAGAGAGAGAGAGAGAAGAAAAAUACAUGGAAGAAUGUUUCAGAGCAUUCGAGAAAAGGUAUUCGCGAAGAAGGUGUCGGGCAGUUCCCGAUUGCACUCCAGCGGAAACAUCGUCAUCAAACCCAAGAAUUUAGGUUGA